AUGUUUGGCCCGGGUAAUAGAAGCAGCAGGCUCGGCUCCUGAGUGGAACUUGGAAGAAGGAGAAAGCACUGAUACCAGAGGACACCGAUCUAGCCCGAGUACGAGUUUCGUUCGUCUUCCCUCGACGCAGUUCUCCGUUCGCCUCAACAUCAAACUCAUUUUGUGAUGGAACACUUUCGUGGUAGUGGAAGUAAAGAGGCACCACACUAUCAACUCUACCUUUAAAAGAAGGACAAUUUGGAGAAGUUGAUGCGAUUAUAGAAGCAUGGGAUUCCGAAGUCUUUCAAAGUUUCCUAUGAAAUUAGCGGUGAUAGUGCUCAUAUUUCUCUGCUACUUUGUAGCAUACUCCUCAUCUACAAUGCACACUAAUAAUUGGGCUGUUCUCGUCUGCACUUCUCGCUUCUGGUUUAAUUAUCGACAUAUGGCCAAUACUUUGUCAUUGUAUAGGACAGUUAAGCGGCUAGGAAUACCUGAUGAAAGGAUUAUACUGAUGCUAGCAGAUGACAUGGCAUGUAAUGCAAGAAACAAGUACCCUGCCCAAGUUUUUAAUAAUGAAAACCAUAGACUUAAUCUGUAUGGGGAUAAUGUGGAGGUAGACUAUCGUGGCUAUGAAGUGACAGUGGAAAACUUUUUACGGGUACUAACAGGUCGUCAUGAGACUGCUGUUCCAAGGUCCAAGCGACUUCUUAGUGAUGAAGGAAGUCAUAUUCUUCUGUAUAUGACUGGGCAUGGAGGGGAUGAGUUUUUGAAGUUUCAGGACUCAGAAGAGCUUCAAAGUCACGAUUUAGCUGAUGCUGUGAAGCAAAUGAAAGAGAAGCGCAGGUUUAAGGAGCUUCUGAUAAUGGUGGACACCUGCCAAGCCUCUACUUUGUUCUCCCAGCUUCAUUCGCCAGGUGUUUUGGCAAUUGGAAGUAGUAUGAAAGGAGAGAAUUCAUAUUCUCAUCAUUUAGACUCAGAUGUUGGUGUUUCAGUUGUUGAUCGUUUUACAUUCUACACUCUUGCCUUCUUUGAGAGACUGAAUAUGUAUGACAAUGCUUCAUUGAGCAGUCUUUUCAAUUCAUAUAAUCCAAAUUUGUUGAUGUCAACUGCAUAUUACAGAAUGGACCUAUACCAACGCCAUUUAGAGGAGGUACCUGUAACAAACUUCUUUGGCUCUGUAAUGGAAACAAUACACACCGAUUCAGCCUACAGAUCCCAGUCAAAUAAAAAUAUUGGGGAAGCUAACACAAAAAUGUCUUUGGAUCAAUCAGUCUCCAGCACUGACAGAAGAAUUUUGCAAAACUCUAAUGAGGAUCAAUUUAAUAAUUUAACUACAGAGGAAUAUCUUCAGGAUAGAGGUGGACAACUAUGGAAUACUAUUCUCAGCAGUGUGAAUACUUUUGAAAGCGUAGAUGCUUUUGUGUGCUAUGGCCUGCUUUUAAUGCUUCCAUUGUUGAUAGUUUCCACGUGGCUGUCAAAGUAAAUGGUUGCAGCUAUGUUCUUUAAGAUUGUAUGGAGAGCAGAGACAUUUCUUUGACACCGUUGCUUGCAACGCAAUUCACUCGAAAGGGCUGAACUAUAUGUGGACGCAGACUUAUUAGAGUGAAGCUUCAUAGUUGUUGUGUGUCAGUUGUAUUAUUCUGAUAAGCCAUUGCUUUUACCUGAUGCAGUUUUACAAUGGUGUUCCUUCAGUUUUGAUAUUGCAUAGUUCCAUCUAAUGGAAAUCACAGGACAUCUUACGAAAGUAUUUUAUUAUAUUUACAGCGACAAAUGAACACGACUUGAAAGUAAUUUUUACUUGUAAUAUUACGGGUCUUUAUGUUU